AGUAUCGCUGGGCUGAGGUACGUUGCUGCCGUUUGUCCAUCAGUGGAGGCAGUUGUCAAGCUGGACGAUGAUGUCGCAUGGAAUAUCCAUCGCACGAAGUUGAUAGUGGACUAUGCCAUAAGGAAUGGGCAUAUUUACUGCGCUGGGUAUGUCAGUGUGGAAGAAUAUAGAGAGAAGGAGUAUCCGCCUUACUGCAUUGGAUUCGCUUACGUAAUUCCUCGGCUAGCUUUCUCGGCAAUGCUCAAAACCGUUAGCGAGCAGCGGUACUUCUGGGCGACUACUUAUGCGCCGGAGUACAACACCAUAGAUAAGUCACAAGUGGAUCCUCGAUGGUAUACAAACAAAGAAUCUACGAUAUCUCUAGACGACAAGGAUCUAUGA